AUGAAUGACAGCAACCGGACGGAUUUGGCCAAUCUCCGCUUUGUAAAUAGAAGCCUUUGUCGUAGUGCCUCGGCUCGUCUUUUCCGACACAUCAUAGCUGUUGCCCAUUCAUCGUACCACAAUACGCAGUUGCCAUCUUUGGGAAGGCUGUUGAACCUUUCCAACAGCCCAUAUGCGCAAUAUGUGCGCCAAGUCGACAUUGGAUACUGUUCCUUCCCAUGUUCGAUGCAGGAGGUUAUAUUAUACACGGAAGACUUUGCCGCCUUGCUGUCGCCAUGCUUGCGCCAGUUUCCCAAUCUCAAAGCUCUUGACUUCCGUGGUCCGCCAUUGGCAUGCUUGCCCCAUGAUAAGAUAAAAGCAUCAAUUGACUCGAUGCUCAUGUCGUUAUGCUACGUGCCUCUGCCCAACUUGACUGAACUUGAACUUCAAUUACCAAUGACGAAUGACUUUGCUCCAUUAUUUGCCGAGAAUAUCAGCGCAUUGCGAAUACCGAUUGAGCAGACUCUCAAUCGCCUUCACCAUAUUGGCUUGCAUGUCUAUGCGCAAACAAACCAGCAGUCCUACGUGGCCUACUUGUUGAGAAUCGUGGAACUUUCAACAAACCUGACUUCUCUUUCGCUUAGUAGCACAAACUACUUAAGCAUUGAUCGUCUGAAGCUCGGCUCAACGGUUCGCCUGCGGUGCUUGUCCUUGCGCAAAGUGAAAAUCUCAUCUCGAAAUCUCAUCAAUAUUAUUGAGCAAUGUAACGAAUCGUUGCAGUAUAUCGAGUUUCGACACGUGAAGAUCGAGUCUGGCACAUGGAGAGAGAUUUUGCCCGCAAUGGAUAGUUUACUCUAUUUGUAUGACUUCGACAUAUCUAUUGGUGAAACUCCCGCAAGAAGCGCACGGAUAUAUUCAACUCGGGCGCCGUUCGUUACUGAAGAGAAUGUACAAGACCAUUCUUGGCUUGAUCAUGUUGCAUUUCAAAACUUCAAGCAAAGGGUGAAAUUGAAACGUGCCGUGGCUCGGCAUUUUAGCUGUUGA